ACACAUGUGGUGGGAGCCCUGUGCUUAGUUCCAGUCUACCCCGUUUUUCACAUUCAACAUGGCCGCCAUAUCGCAAUGCACAAUUUUGUUUUUGUUUCUUUCUUGAGGAAACUUUUUUAACAUGACCAAACCGCGGAAAAUGGGACAGGAAGAGGAGGUUUCCGAGGCAAUACAAGAGGCGAGUUUAUUGAAGAACCUGAUGCACCAAGUUUGAAAAGGAAAAUCAGUGAUAAUGGUGGUGCGGACAUUGAUUCAACAGUAGAGCCUCAAAAGAGAGCUAAAUCCAAAAAGAAGAAAAAAAGGAAAGAGAAGAAAGACCAAAAAGAAAAGAUGUCACAGAAAACUAGUGAGGAGCAAAUCACUGCCCACACUGAACCAUUUCAACUGAGGCUCAAGGAAUUCUUCGGUAAAGGAGGAGAAAGAGCUGAGGCAUCCCAGCUUAAGAUAAGGGACCUCCAGGAGCUAAUCCUGCAUGUUCAUAUGAAAGAACACAACAAAGCCCCACCCUGGUGCAUGGUAUCACCAAGCCUUAAGAAGACAGUGUUUGUUCUGUUGAGUGCUGUUGGUCAAGAUGAUUUCCAAACUCAUAAUGACUGCUUCCCAUUUAUGAGUAAAAACUUUCCAAUGUUCACACCCACAAAGACAUCUGGUGCUAAUAUAGGCUUUGAGCUUCCGCAUAACACCCUUUUAUAUGUGCCGUUGUCCAAAAAUGCAACCAAGAAGUUAAACUUUGAGAGGCAACAGGCUUUUGAAGAGGAGUCCAAGAAGUCUCAUGGGAGAGAUUGGUGCACGCUAACAAAAGAACAACUCAAGGAGAAUGACUACCCAUCCAUGUGCUAUGAAAAGAAACUCGCAGAGAAGGACACCGGUGGAUAUGUCUGGUUAUCCACCAAUGGCAAGCAAGAUAGAAAUACCCAGCCAUCAAAAGAGCUGACACCAAUGUUUGCUAUUGAUUGUGAAAUGUGCACAACCUCUGAAGGCCUGGAGCUAACUAGAGUCUCAGUUGUGGAAGAGGACUGUACUCUCCUGUAUGAUACCUUUGUGAAGCCAGACAGGCCCAUCAUUGACUACAACACAAAGUACAGUGGGAUCACGGCAGAAAUGCUGGAUGGUGUCACAGUGAAGCUUGCAGAUGUGCAGAAAGAGUUGCAGGCAAUUAUACCACCGGGAGCCAUCGUGGCUGGGCACUCAUUGGAGUGUGACUUGAAGGCUCUCAAGAUGGCGUAUGAUCACGUGAUUGACACGGCUGUGGUCUAUGGUGAUGGGAGAGGUGCACUUUACAAGCCGGCUCUACGGUAUCUAGCACAGACCUACUUAAAAAAAAGAGUCCAGGAUGGUGAAUCAGGGCACUGCUCAAUUGAGGACGCCUCGACUUGCAUGGAACUCGUCAAGCUGAAACUUGACAAUGGUCCAUUUUUUGGUCGACCAAUAAUAAAUAGAGAGUGCUUGUUGCACAAGCUGUCAAAUAGCGGUGUCUCGUGCUCAUUUGUUGACUAUCCUGGCAUUGCAAAGGCCCACAGCGCGGGCGGACAUCACACUAUAAUAUGUUCAUCCGAUGAACAGGUUGAAAGUCAUGCAUUGAAACAGAUUAACAAAUCAGAUUUUACUUGGGUUCAUUUUCACGCAGCUGAAGAUUUUCACAAAGAUACUAAUAAAUCUCGGAAAUUUGAGUCCGUCUUACACGAGUUAGAUGCAAGAGUGGCUUCUAUUGCUGAAUCUCUGCCAAGUGACUGCUUACUUAUGGUGCUGUUAGGACACGGUGAUCGCACAGAGAUCAUGAGCAAUAGAGAACAGAAGAGUAAAAAUACGCUGAGGAGACUCACACAAGAAGCUUCCAAGGGACUGUGUUUUUUCAGGACGACGUGAUUAACACAAAAUUCGCCUAAUAUCAGUGGAAAUAUUAAUGUUGUGUUUAGGAAUUCAUUUUGUUUUUCGAAUUGAAUUUCUUGAAAAGGAAGAUGUUUGUAAGUUUCGCAUAGCCAGAAAUAAAAAAAACAUGUAUAUGAAUGCA